AUGGCGGUGCUUGAGCAGUCGUGGAUUAAAGUGCAGGAGAAGACAUUUGGUAAAUGGCUCAACAACAAGCUCAAAGUACGCAAUGUCGAGAUUGCGAACCUCGUCACUGAUCUCUCGGACGGCGUCAUCUUAAUACACCUCCUCGAAAUCCUCUCACAGGAGUCCCUCGGCCGAUAUGCCGCUCGGCCGAAACUACGAGUGCAACGGUUCGAGAAUGUCAACAUUGCUCUGGAUUUCAUCAAAGGGCGGAAGAUCCAGCUGACGAAUAUUGGCGCCGAAGACAUUGUGGACGGCAAUCGAAAGAUCAUCUUGGGCCUGAUAUGGACGUUGAUUCUACGCUUCACCAUCAGCGAUGUGAAUCAUCAAGGUCUCAGCGCCAGGGAAGGAUUGCUGCUGUGGUGUCAACGGAAAACAGCAUGCUACGAUGAGGUGGAGGUGAGAGACUUUUCAGGUAGCUGGAACGAUGGCCUGGCAUUCUGUGCACUCUUGGACAUCCACCGACCCGAUCUAAUUGAUUUUGACGAGCUGGACAAAUCGGACCACCGUGGGAACAUGCAGCUGGCCUUUGAUAUUGCUUCUAAGGAAAUCGGUAUCCCGGACCUGCUGGAUGUGGAGGACGUUUGUGAUGUUGCAAAGCCGGACGAGCGAUCGCUCAUGACAUAUAUCGCAUAUUGGUUCCAUGCCUUUUCCCAGAUGGAAAAGGUUGAGAAUGCAGGCCGGAGAGUGGAAAAGUUCGUCUCCAACAUGCAAGGCGCCUGGGAGAUGCAAAACACAUACGAGCGAAGAGUUCGUGAACUGUUGCAGCAGAUUCACAAACAACGAGAAUACUGGCAGAGUGCAAAGUUCGAUGGCACGUACGCAGAUGCAAAGGCCCAGAGCAAGGAUUUCACUGGAUAUAAGCAAAGAGGGAAGCGGGAGUGGGUUGCUGAGAAGAGCGAUCUCGCCGGUUUGCUAGGCAACAUCAAGACCAAACUCAACACGUACCAACUUCGUCCAUACCAGCCACCUGCAGACCUCAGCUUGGAAGCACUUGACUCUGCCUGGAAUGGCUUGAUGGAAGCUGAAAGAGCCCGAAGCCAGGCAAUCAACAACACGAUCCGUGACAUCAAGAACAACCUCCGGAAGACCUUUGCCGACAAAGCUAACGACUUUGCCCUCGCACUCAAGACCAUUAGUGUCAGCAUAUCCGGUUUGGAAGGCGACGUAGACGAUCAGCGCGAACACGCCUCACAAAUCGCGGAAAAUCUCCCCCCACUGGACAAGUACCUCGACAUCAUUGCUAAUCUGGACACACAAUGUGAAGAGGCCAACAUUGAAGAAAACGACUACACAACGUAUACCUAUGAUGAACUCGCAUACGAACUGGGUCUCGUGCGUAGUAGCGUGCAGAAAAAGCUCGCUUUUCUUGAUAACCAAGUGGUGGCCCGCAACAUGACCAACCUGACUCCCAUCCAGCUUGAAGAAUUCGAGUCCGUAUUCCGACACUUUGACCGCGACCUGUCCAAUUCGCUCCAGGAGCUCGAAUUCUCAGCCGCGCUGGCCUCGCUCGGAUUGGUGUAUGAUGAGCAAGAAAUGCACGAACGAUUCGUCGAGGUGGCAGGUCAUGGCGGGCACGUCACAUUCGAGCAAUUCAUUCGCUUCAUGGUCGAUGUUACCGAGGACCAGAACACUGCGGAACAGGUCUUUGAGAGUUUCCGGGAAGUCGCAGAUGGCAAACCGUAUGUGACGGAGAUGGAMCUGACGCACUCAUUAAUACCGGAUGAGAUUGUGCAACAGCUCGUAGCGGAGAUGCCGUCGCACAAAGGACCUGACUUACAGCAGGAUCGCGAUGUGCCAAAGUUCGACUAUAUCUCCUUCAUGGAUAAGUAUUUGCAUGGAGCGGAUGGCAUGAAUGGGAAACGAUGA